GAGAGGAAGAGGGGGCAAAUGGUGAUCCCUCCCAGAGCUGCUGCCGAACUCUGGAGCGCUCGCUUCUCUCAGGGUCAAGGAAAGGAUCGCAUCCCUCAUUUAUUCACAAGCCUCUUUCCGAGAUUUGGUUCCAGUAACGCUUCGGAAAUCUACCGCUUCGUUUGAAAAAUCCUUUUCAUUCUUCGUCCCCGAACUUGAGGCUGAGCUCGCACGCACGGUCGUGGGUCAUUUUUUUGGGGGAGGAGGGAAGGUAAUGGAAAAUAGAAAGGAAAUGGUGAUGCUCGCGGAGGAAGGUCAGCAUGGCACGGCUGUUGGCAAGAAUCGGUCUAAUCUGUCGGAAGCGAUCGGAAGCCCCGCACGGGAACCGCAGGGGAAACCGGUCCCCAGGAACUGUACGAGCCCUGGCGCUGCGUCCUACACGCGGGACAGAGCCGAGAUGGAGAUGGAGGAGAGCGUACGACGGAAUAUGUGCGCAGACAUGAGACCGGUCAACGUGUCUUCAUCCAGCGAGAGACACCGCAACGAUCGCCCCCACAGAGAAGCCAGCAGCUCAGAUACAGAGUCUGAUUUCUACGAGGAAAUCGACGUCAGCUGCACACCAGAAAGCAUGGACUACCCCACAUCGAAAGGUCGAAAUAUUAAUUCACCCAUCCUCCCGGGUGAAGGCAAUGCGGAUUCGGGGAAGAACGGGCCGAGCCAGGCGUCGCUGGCCUACGCAGCCGACCAGAUGAGGCGGUACCGGACCGCAUUCACCCGGGAGCAGAUCGGACGGCUGGAGAAGGAGUUUUAUCGGGAGAAUUACGUCUCCAGACCCCGGAGAUGCGAACUGGCAGCUGCCCUGAAUUUACCUGAAACCACAAUCAAGGUGUGGUUCCAGAACCGCAGGAUGAAGGACAAGCGCCAGAGGCUCGCCAUGACGUGGCCUCACCCCGCUGACCCCGCCUUCUACACCUACAUGAUGAGCCACGCCGCCGCCACAGGGAAUCUCCCCUACCCCUUCCCGUCCCACCUGCCCCUCCACUACUACUCCCACCUGGGGGUCGGGGCCGGCUCGGCCCCCUCCCCCGCCACGCCUUUCGCAAGCCCCCUGAGGUCCCUCGACAGUUUCCGGAUGUUGUCGCAUCCGUACCAGAGGCCCGAGCUGCUCUGCGCGUUCAGGCACCCCUCUUUGUAUCCCGGUCCGACCCACCACGGCCUCGGGCCCGGCGGAAGCCCCUGCUCCUGCCUCGCGUGCCAUUCUAGUCAGCCGGGAGGUCUCCCAUCCAGGCCACCCGGGUCGGACUUCGUUUGCUCCCCAACGAGCAGGACUGACGCUUUCCUCCCGUUCAGCCCAUCGGUUCUUAGUAAGUCCUCCUCAGUGACAUUAGACCAGAGAGAAGAGGUGCCCAUGACCAGAUAAAAGGAGAAAUGCGCCCAUGCGUCCUCAAACACACCAACACUAUUUGUCCUCUCUUCGUUAGUGCAAUAUUGCAUACAACGCAUGGGAUAUAAUAUGCGAAUAGCAUAGCACACACACACACACACUUGCUCAGCCGAACAGGUAUAGCCAUGUCAUGCACAUGUCAGACUCCGCUGUUGGAUAACUUUAUUAAAACAAGAUCAACCAUAACAUGGGUUUUCAAUUAACAACAUACAGUGCAACAGUCUAAUGUAAGAAAAAAACAUUUUAGAGCAAGACAGCCAGCUGCAAUUUGACGGCAUGGGACAAAUAAACGCAAUUGAUUUAAAUAUUAUUUUGUUGUAGGAAAAAAAAAAAUGGAUUCAUGAGGAAAAACAAAAACAAAAAAACGUUAAAAUCUCCAUGAUGGAUGACGUUAACAUUUCAUCAUUAUUCCUGGAUCUCCACACGCGUCCAAAUUGACCUACAGCUAUUGUUGGUUACACGAGAAUAAUGCUUCCCAUCUUCCUUUAUAACAAGGGAAUGUGUUAAAUAUGCUGUGGCGUCUCAUUAUAUCCCCCCCCCCCAUUUCUCCAUCGCCCUCCUGGCGGACCCUUGGCGCAGGAAUUGUGCAUAUUGUUGGCGAAAAGAAAAAAAUUAAGUGAUGUAUGUUCGGAUGAAUUUUGAGUGUUGAAUUAAUGAUAACGCCCGAGCUCUGCCCGCCUCGCGUGGCCGAGGAGAGAUCGUUUUCUUCCAAACGGUAACAAGGCGCCAGGGGAGCGUUGUGCCGAGCCUGACGGAGGCAAGAGGAGGAAGAGGAGAGAGGCGUUCAAGAGAGGAUGGAGAGCCCGUGGUGGG